AUGGACUACACUCCCAACCAGCACUAUGGUUUGACUAUCUCCUUUAGUAUUGUCCGCUCAGAAUUCAAAGGAUUGAACAUUGAUUCUCCUACACAGACGAUUAUCCGUGCUGUUGACAAGAUUAUGCCUCAUUCGUCCGUACAGGGUUACUGGUGCUGUAUCUUUGAGGAGACCAAGAAACCACACCAGAGUGCCGUCGAGCUCUACCUCAGCCUCAGCUGGAUUCCUGGGCCAGAAACUUCGCGUCGACCACCAUCAUCAUUGACUCAAUCUGGUGCUACAGAGAGCUCUCGGCAAAUCCAGGACUUCAUCAAGCAGAUCAGAAGCGUCAAGAUUUGGUCAGACUCGACACUGUCAGAGCUCUUGGUCGGUCAGAUGGAUGGAUCUUGUCUCGUCCAGGGUGAAUCCAUUAUGGUGCGAUUGCAGUCAGAUCGUGUGCUGAGGAACAAUCGUUAUAAGUUCCGGAUAGGAUUCUACACGCAAGGCAUACCGAGAUCACGAUGUCUAGAGCACCCAGCCUUCAUUUGUUUCCAUGAUAUAGACCCUGGAUUUGAUCCGAGGGACCAUUGGCGAAAUGAACCGUUGGAUAUUAUCUUCCAUUUCCCAGUUUCUAGGUUCAGUGCAGAACCCAGCACAAUCCAGGCUCACUCAUCUGCGCUUGAACAGAGUCGGUACUUCGCGCAGCGCAUAGCCGAUACGAAGAAACAAAACGCGCGUGGUGACAUGCGCUUUGAUGGUGUGACCUGCACUAUCACAGAAUUCAGCCCGGCAAUAUUUCGUGUCAUGCUGCAGUACCUUUACACUGGACACCUCAAAAUCAGGACGCCAUCCCGUGAAGUGCAGGAAAUAGCGGCUGUUGGAUCCAGUAUGGGGCCUGAGCUCGACACUGAGUGCUUGAAAAUUGGACCCUGCGAUAGAAGGACUAGGAAAGGAUGUGCGCAAGGCAGCGAGACUCCAGUACCGGGGGCGGUAUACUUUGAAGAUCUUUACAGGAUAUCUGAGCGAUAUGAGAUCCCAGGACUGAAGGCGCUAUCGCUCAAGGCGAUGCAAUGCACGAUGAAGAUGUCGAUUGCGGUCGCGAUGCUGGCGAAGCUUCCAUAUGAUCCAAGGGAGGUCACUGGGGAGAUUUUGAGGGGUUCAGAUGGUCGAAACCAGGACGAGAAUGAACGGUUCGAUAUGAUCCAGGUGGAAUUGGCCAUGGGCAUUCUCAAGGAGUACAUUCGGUUUUUCGGGUGCGAGGCUAGCUUUUUAAUAACCGAGAGAAGGGAGGGAGAAGCUGAGCCCACGACCGAGGGCCGUCUUGAGAUGAUUGGGAUACUAGGCGACUGUGUCUUGCGCAAUAUCCACCGUUUCUGGGAAUAG